UACAAGACGACUCAGUUUGCAAAAUGCUUGGAAUGUAACCUUGUUUAUGUUUUAUCAGUGAAGUUAAACUGAACACUAGAAAAUAUAUUCGAGAAUUCUAACGAGAUAAAAGAUGGCUUUACGUCUUAUACGACCGGGAUUUAGCCUGAUUCAACUGAUAAACCGUGAAGGACAAUUAAAGUCAUUCACCUGCUUAGAACAUGUUAGAGUGUCACACCAAUUUCCGAAGGGAGAAGUGGAACCAAGCAAGUACAAAGCUGUCUACAGAGACUUCCAUGGGGGAAUCGACGGGCCAUCCACCGCCAGAGACUUUGUGUAUGCUCUUAACAAACAGGAAAGGGAUCUUCUGCAUACAGAGUUAAUGAAACUUAAUGUAGAUAUGAAAGAUGUACCAGGGGCAGGCGCCCAGGGUCGACCCAGCAAUGUUCAACUUAAAGCAGUGAUGCUUCACAAUGCGGUACCCUUCAUUGGUUUUGGAUUCCUUGACAACUUUCUUAUGCUAAUCGCAGGUGACUACAUAGAACAUCAUUUUGGUGCAAUGUUUGCAAUCUCCACAAUGGCAGCUGCUGCAUUGGGCAACUGGAUCUCUGAUCUUGCAGGCAUUCAAAUGGCACACCACAUCGAGAGCGUUUCUAGUCGCUGGGGUGUGAAGACACCUGCCAUGACAGCGGAACAGGUGGACAUGAGAAUCACCCGGUUGGCAGCGUUCACUGGUAAAAUCGUCGGUAUAACAAUAGGCUGCUUUCUAGGAAUGUGUCCAUUGUUGUUUAUUUAGCAGAAGACAAUAAGUACUCCCAGAGUUCCCGCCCUUUUCCGGUGAUACAGCCAUACCACAAUUUGACAAAGAGUGACCUCCCAUUCCUUAUACUUCAUAUGUGUGAAUACAAUGCAUAUAUAUAUAUAUAUAUAUAUAUAUAUAUAUAUAUAUAUAUAUAUAUAUACAGUGUUCUGCCGUGAAUUUUUAUUGUUGGGGACAGGGACCCUUUAGGGUUAAAAAAGUGGGGACAAAAAGGAUAAAUAUGGGGACAGAGAAAUAUAUUUGUAGCAGAAUUUAAUUUCCAGAAACUAAUUAUAUUUUACUUGCAUUCUUAAAUUUGCUUGUUUUCUUCUUACAGCAAGUCCACAGGACGUAACAUUCUAAUUCAACCAUGAAUAUUUUAAAAACUUUUUAAAACUGUCAAACAAUAGCCAACAUAUUUACAUAACUUUCAACAGAUUUAUGGUCAUUGAACUCAGCAUUGCGUGUCAAAGUACUUGUUCGAUAAUUAGAAUUACCGAUAGUAAACGUGUUUUUUUGUGCUUCAUGCACAAAGUGUAUGUCAUUUUGUUGUUGUCAAACAGUGACCAAGACAAUUUUUGAAGCCAAUUUGCUUGGAACGUACACAUGUAUGUUUAGGGCCAGGGGUAGACUUUUUUGUCAUUGCUAAACGAUGUUGGGACUUGGGAAGACUCUGUUGGGGUGUUGUUAUUAUUUUCGUCAUAUUUUCUAAUUUUACUUGCCGGAGGACAAAAACUAAAAUGGAUUUUGUUUUCUUCGGCCGGUCACUUUCCGCCAUUUUGAUUGGUUGUUAUAAUCUCAACUUACCAAUACAAUAAAGUGUUAUUAUAGUAAAUUUACCAUUGGCUGCAAAAUGACGUCACGUCCAAUGAAAUAAUUCGUUUUGAUUACACACUCACUCAAUUACUUUACCGACUAACCAAUUGAAUUGAUUAGUUUUUAUUACUAAUUCCUGUGCGCUCGCGGACCCAUAUACGGAAAAUGGGUGGGGACAAAUCUUUUAUUUUUACGCCAAUGACGCAAGGGCGCAUCAACGGCAGAACACUGUAUAUAUAUAUAUAUGUUGCACAGAGUUUGCUCCCUUUCCCCACAUUGGAAACACUUGCAGGGUCAUAUGAAUUUAUUCGGUACCUUACCACAUAUUCACCAAAUAAGUGCUGAUAAUUAUAAAUUUUGUGUUGAGAUUUUCUUUUGUGUUUUUGUAACCAUGUGUAGAGUGUAAGCAAUAAAUGCCAAAAUUGGGAAUGUUAAAAGUUCAGGUAGUUUAUGGUGUUAUUGCUCAAUCAUAAUUGUUAAGAAUGUUUGUCAUAACUUCAAAUCAAAUGUAGCUAGAUUUUUUUGGUAUAAGAUGAAAUACUGUAUUUUUCAAAUCUUUUAAAAGCUAUGUUUACAUAUAGUGAUGUCAAACCUUUACAAACUAAAUUGCAGAUGUAUUUGUUUAGGAUUUCACACACUCCUUUCAUAUGUAUAUAAAUAUGUAUACAUUUAAUGUUUAAAAACAAAAGGACUGAUGACAUAUUGUAUGCCGUCAGAUACUGAACUUUUGAAUUUGUUAAUGAUUUGCUAUUUGUUAAAUGAUAAAAUGUUGUUUAUUCUUAAAAAGACAUCAACAUUUAUUGACAUUGUUACUUGUUAUGUCACAUGCACAAGUAAGAUGUUUGGUUUAAAAGUGUAGAAGCUCUUUUUGCUUUAGUCACUACCCGGGCUAGUUUGUAGACUUUUGUUGUAGGGACCAUAGUUUUUCACAAGUGUGGCCCUUAUUUUCUCUUUAGAGUGCGUUUUAUUGUGGUUAAGUUCAUGUAUAUCCCUACAUGUUGUUCAUCUCUGUUACUGAAAUGAAAUGUAGAACUGUAGAAUGUAUAUGUUCUAACCAUGUGUACUUUUUAUGGUUUUAGAACUAUAUCAUUUAAUGGUAUUAGGCAUAACCACAUUAAUUUGUUACAUGUGCUGUGUUUAAUAACAUUUGUAUUAUUGCUUUGAAGUAAUAUUUUAAAUUGUUGGAUUGUUCAGUUGGAUAUAUUCCUUUACAUGUUAAUUCGUCUGCAGUUGUCAAUAAUCAUUUGCAUCAAUUUUGGUCCUUUUUAGUCCAUUACCGGUGUAACCGGGGGAAACUAUAGGCCACCUGGUGGUUUAUCUGUGUGUCUGUGCCUGUGUUUUUCUGUCCAAAUCUGGGUCAUGCAAUCUGAAAAGAACUUUGUAUAGUUUCUCAAAAUAUUAAAACUAUAACCUGGAUCAUGCAGUUACUUGAAAACUUAUCAAUCUAAUUUUCUGAAAUUUGGUACAUGGAUAGAUUAUCACAUGUGGAAUAUGAAUUCAUAUUUUUCUGACUGUCCUGCCAACAAUGUGCAUCAUGUGGUAACUAAAAAAGAACACAAACUAAGUUGAUGAAAUCACUUUGUAUAUAUAGUUGGUCAUAUAGGAAUAUGCACAUUAUUUUUUCUUUUUGAUCAGACAAAAAUUUUGUUUUUUAUGGGUUCAGCAAAUAAAUACUAAGAUCUGUAUACUGCCAUUUCUAUAAAGUACAUACUCUUAGUUAAUGAAACUAAGUGGAGAUGUUGUUCUUACCCCAACAACAUUAACAGAGUAAAGAUAACUGCUGAAUUGUAAGCUCUUGUGUGUUCUAGUUUGAACAUUAAUAUGUUUUUUAUGCAAAAGUUGAGUAUAAUCGAUAGUGUCUUCCUGUCUUUGAAGGUGUGUCAUGUUUACUGGUUUAGCUUAAUUAGUGCAUGUUUGUUACAUGAGUUUAAUUUAAUGAUGUAUUUUUUCUGAUUUAAAGCUUUUUCACAUCUGUGUUCUCAUCACAGUAAAUGCAAUUGAAGUAGCUAAACAUUGUGGUUUGAACAGAUGAGAAAUGUUUUCUUUUUUAUUUGGAAAAAGAAUACCAUUAUUUCAUAUAGAAUAUUUCUUGUAUGGUAUAGAACCAGUGUAUUUUUAUCAUCCCAAAGAGUGGGAGGCAUUAGGCAUUGCACUUGCCAUUCUGCAUUGUUGUCCGUACAUCCAUAUAUCCUGAAGUGUUUUGAACUUUUUCUUUAUUUUUAUUUCUGUAUUUGUCUGUUUCCAAACAUGUUUUAUGGGGGAAUCUGUGUCUGUAAAAUAUUUCUAGUUACAUAUGUUUUUAUAAAGAUAAUGAAUAGGGUAUAUUGUUUACCUGUAGAUUACAAUAGAUAAUUAUAUACAAGUAUUGUUAAUACAUGAUAGUUAUUGUUUUUUGGUAGAACACUGAAUCUGUUUUUAGCUUGUUUGUUUUUUACGUGUAUAUACUUUUCCUUUUUGGAUGUGGGUAAAAGGUAUCGCAGCUUUGUGCGUGGCUUUUAAAUUGUAUACACAUGCUUUGUACUAAUGUUGCAUCUAUGUUUUGUAGAAAAUCAUUACAUGUUUAUAAAAAAGGAUUGGACUGUGAACAAAAUAAAAUACAUUUGUUGGGUAUUUAUAUAUUUUAAUCUUUCAAUAAUAACUGUUCUUCAAAAAUGAUAAGUGAAUUAAUAAGUGUUCAUGUGAAUUAAAUAGUGUUCUUCAAAACUGAUUGUACUCUCCUUACAAAUUUAUACUUUCUUUAAAAUCCAGUGUUUUUCAUUAUAAGCCGCAGCUUUUGUUCUUUUGUUAAUUGUUUUUCUAAAUUAUUAUUAUCUUUUUUACUUAGUUAGUAUUGUUCACUUGUAAGUGUUCUUAAAGAUUAAGAAAUCUUCUUAUAAAAAUCAAUAACUGUUCUUCAAUACUGAUUGUGUUCUUUUUCAAAACUGUAUUCUUUGAGCCUUAUAAACUGAAAGACAUAAACAGAACAUUGGCUCCUUGACAACAACGCUAACAUUUUAAACAGUAUUGACAAAAACUAUCGUGCGAAUACCAUCACAUGCGCCAACACAGCCUACGCCAAUGGUCGUUACUUCGGGAAAGGUGGCGUAGCGAUCAUGUGGCAUAAAGAUCUUAAUAACCUGGUUGAAAUCGUAGACACAAACAGCGACAGAAUUGCAGCCAUACGCAUAUGCUGCGGCUCUAUCUCAAUCCUCAUAGUACAAGUCUACCUCCCUGCAGCUAAUCAUGACAUUAGCAGCUUCAAAAGCGCAGUGGACCAACUAUGGGACAUAUGUACUGUGCACACCGAAUCUAAUUACAUCCUGAUAAUGGGCGACUUCAACGCCAGAUUUCCCAGACCAGACGUCACCACUCAUCUCCGAUCACGUGACAUGUACGUUACGGAACUUGCUAAAUCUCUCCAUUUAUAUGUUGCUACGGACACAGUGUCAUGCACAGGUCCUCCAUUUACGUUUUACCCUUACAAUGACGCCAAUCCCUCACGCAUUGACCAUGUACUACUAGACGAACGUUUAUCACAUACAGUCAACAGUUGCGGGGUCAUACCUGAUGCACCACUGAACGUUUCUCGCCAUCUCCCAGUUUUUAUUAGCCUCUCUAUCGAUAUACGCCAAGAUGAAACAUGUUCUUCUCAAGCACUACCAAGGGUGACAUACCGUUGGUCAAACUCCUAUGAAAUCAAUGAAUACAAGAACGCCGUGAGCAUCUGUGCGCGACUCAGUUGGACUUCACAGACGUCAAUGAGACGUACUUCCAUAUAGUCCGAUGUAUAAGUUCUGCGGCAGAAAAAUGCGUCUCAAAACGAACAUACAAACGCUUCCUCAAACCAUUUUGGUCUUCCGAACUUAAAAACAAACAUCACCAACUACGCCUAGCACGCCUUGCAUGGAUCUGGAGCGGUAGGCGCACUGGUUCACAAGAAUAUGCGCACUACAAAGCAAUAAAGAAAACCUUUUGACGAAACCUUCGCAUGGCCAGUCACCGUUACGAUGAAGAGGAAAUGGAUAGAAUAGACACUUUAGCCGAAAUAGAUCAAAAAGCUUUCUGGAAAGUUGUCAACUCCAAAUGCGCAAAAAGCAAACAAAAUGGUCGCGAACUCGAUUUCGAUGGGAAGCGGGAGACAACCAUCGAUGGGGUGCUCCGAGGUUGGAACUCCCACUUCAACCGCCUAUACUCAUUCGAAGAGAACCCCAAGUUCGACCCUUUUCACAAAGAACUAGUUGAAAAUUCAGUAAAAGAGUACCUCAAAACUCCAGACGUCGAUCAUGACUACACAGAAAUUGCCUACGAAACAAACACAACUGAACUGGAUCAAAUAAUCAAGGAACUACCAAACAACAAAAGCGCAUCACUCGACAACAUCACAUAUGAACACCUGAAAUAUGGCGGCCCAACCUUAACAGAGUGUCUUGUAAAAGUCUUUAACUCAAUCUUGACCCACUGUCAAAUACCUAACGGUUUCAAACAUGGUCUCAUCGUCACCCUGCAUAAAGGAAAGGGGAAGCAACCGACCGACCCCAACAGCUAUCGGGCUAUAUCACUUAUUCCUGUGGUCGCAAAACUAUUUGAAAAGCUUCUAAUGAAACGCAUAGAAAACACCGCAGCAUGGUCUAAACUCAACAAACUACAAUACGGGUUCCAGAAAAACAAAAACUGCAAAAUGGUAUCAUACAUGCUACAAGAGGCUCGCGACUACUGCUGCGAACGUGGAAGCAGCCUCCAUGCGUGUUAUCUGGACGCUCAGUCCGCCUUCGACAAAGUUUGGAUCAACGGGCUGGUUUACAAACUUCACCAACUUGAUGUCUGUGGAAAGUUACUCCCGAGUUAUCUUUGAGUCACUCCAAAAUUGCACCAGUCGCGUACUAUCACGCGGAUUUGUCUCGGAACCCUUCCCGAUUCAACAGGGCACCCGGCAGGGCAGCAUAUGUGCACCAUUCUUUUACAUCGUUUACAUAAACGACCUGCUUAACGAACUCAUGACAUCCCCAUACGGCUUUAGAAUCGGCGACCAGUCAUUAUGUUCCCCAACCCAAGCUGAUGACGUGGUACUCCUGUCGCUUUCGCGCCGCGGCUUAAACGAACUAGCGGAGAAGUGCAACUCAUACGCUAACAAGUGGCGUUUCACUUACAACGCUUCCAAAUGUGCCGUUAUUACCAUGGGCCGACAACGAUCCAAAGCAAUACCCGCCUGCCAGAUCGCUUAUGAUUCAACACCAAUACCCGAAGCGGUAAAUUACAAACAUUUAGGUAUAAUACAGUCGAUCAGUGGAAAAUACCCUUACGACAUUGACGCUGUGAAACAGACAAUAAGAGGCACGUUCCUUUCCCUCUCGCAGAAAGUGUCCGGAAGGUCCGGAGCAAACCCAAACACUGCGAUUAAACUGUACAAGACCGCAGUCAUUCCCAAAGCGCUGUUUGGCUGCGAGCUGUGGAACAGUAUCUCCAUUGCCGACAUGCAACAACUCGAGGUAGCCCACCACUUUUGUUUGAAACGUGCCCAAGGUCUCCCCCAUCUCACGCGCUCAGACAUGGUGCUCGGCCUUGCGGGAAUGACUUCCAUCGAAGCGCUUAUCGACCUGCAAAAAUUAGCAUUCCUUGGCUCACUAUGCCACGCUCCUACAGGCGAACCGUGCCAUACGCUUUUCAUUUUAAGACUGUGUCAGUUUGACUUGUGCGAAAACCGGAAAAUUGGCUUUAUUCCAGAUAUUGUGAAAAUUCUGCAAAAAUACAACCUUGAAGACUACUUAACGACCUUUAAGACCAACAGCUUAUUCCCGUCAAACGAGAAAUGGAAAUCUGUCUGCAAAAAAGCAGUGCGCCAACACGAAACCAGUCAUUGGCGUACGAGGCUCGAACAACAUAAAGAUUUUUCGCUUUUAAAAGAAGUACACAAGAGCCUGGAACCGGCUACCACAUGGAGAGUCGCGAAGAUCCGCCCAGACAGCUUAUCGCUCAUGAAGUUCCUGUCUCGGUUAUGCUGCAAAAAACCUCCUGAACAACCCGUCCUAUGCUCAAAGUGCACACACCAGCAUAUGCACAUCGAAGUGGUACACGCACUUUUUGAGUGCCCCUUUACCGACUCGCCGGCUCGUCUACAAACGUUCAUAGAAACCGUUCGGCCACUAAGCGCACCACUGCACGAACACUUGAAAAACGUAGAGCCUGCAACACUGGUGUUGUACCUUAUGGGUAUGAUCGAUGACGUCAUAGCAGACUUGAUGCCUAUAGCACUCUACCCAGAGUUUCUGAUUAACUGCGCGAAUUUUCUACAAUCGGUACUCUCGGGUUAGUCAUCAAGAGAACUACCCGCAUUUCGUCGAACCCUAAACCUGGCACUUCCAAAUUUCGCUUUCUUUAUUAGUGAAGUGCUUUGGACGCUGAUUAGGGUAUAAAUAUGACGCGUUCAAAGAACUGAGAAAUAAAGUACACCCUUGCGACCUUCAAUGUCAUUCUUGGAAACAAAUUUUGUAUUCACAUGCAUAUAUACAUGUAUAUAACAAUUUGACUUAAUCUCUAUUUAUUUACAUUGAUUGUCUUUUUGUAUUUGUGCUAUGUUUGUAUCGUUUGUUUGUAUCAUGUACAUCUUCAGAAAAUGGAGGCAAUAAAGAUAUAUAUAUUGAAUGUUAAAAAUGUUUAGUACCAACGUAUGUACAGGUAUAUGAACACCUAUUCUAUUUCUGUUUGCUGUAUAAUUUAGUUCAAGUUAUUGUUGAAGUUGUAAUAGUGCAGACCCUUGAUUGUUAUGACUAUUGUUAGAUUUGUUAAUGUAUAAUAUUUAAAAAAAAAGCUUAAUAUUAAAACAUAGCAAUACAUUGUGUUGUGAACUUGUUUUACUGGUAAAUUAUAAAAUGAUAUUAUGUUUGAUUUUAAUUUGAUUUUAAAGUCAUGGCUGUUUGCAAAUAUUUAAUAUAUUAAUUUUUUUUUCAUUUUUAGAGAAAUCAAUGAUGGAAAGAUUGAGUUGAGACUGUAAGCUUUUAUUCUUGGGAUUUGAUCAUGUUCAAUGUAUGUGUGAGGCUUAGCAAAAGACUGUGUCAGCUGGUAAAUUAUCCCUCACAAACAAAAGGUAUAUUCAGAAUGUGUGUAUAUUUAGUGAUUUGUGUAAAGCAUUGAAGUGUUAACUAAUGAAUAGGAUGUAUACCUCAUAGGGCUUAAACUUUAUAGUAUAGUAAAAUUAUAGUAACAUUAGUUAUAGAAAAUGCUUUUAUUAUUAUUUUAUAUUUUUUAUUUUAAUACCUUUAAAUACUAGUGAUAAUUUCGUUGAGUAUAAUGUUAUAAAAAUUACAUAUACAUUUCAUUUACUAUACAGUAAUCAAUUUUAUAAUCUGAUUCUUACACAGUUUUAGCAAUCACUAAAUACUACUCAUACUAUUUGAUGGCAUUCAUAUCAUUUAUUAUGUGUAUUGUUGUACCUCCUGACGGUGCCACUGAAGUCUCGCUUAUAUAUUUUUUAUAUCUUAGAAGAUUUUGGGCUUCCUGACGGUGCCACUGAAGUCUUGCUUUUAUAUUUUUUAUAUCUUAGAAGAUUUUGGGCUCCUGUGUUUUCUUUUUAUAGCCCCCAUUUGAAAGUAUACUGGAAUCACCAUCAAUGUCUUUCUAUCAGAAUACCUAUCAAUGGGUACAACAUUUUCCUCUGGUUUCUCCUUCACCUUUGAACAUACAACAUUUAAUCUUGCAAGGACGCUUCCUUAUGACAUGAAAAUGUGCAUGUGAGAUUGUUUACAACCCAUUCUAACAAUAACAAAAGUGAUGCCACUAAUUCUACAAAGAUUUUCUGUAAAUAAUGAUUGUUACCGUCUGUAGAUUUGUUUGCGAAAGAUUAUCGUCACUGUAACUUCAGAGUUGAGAUGUGUUAUAUGUGAUAUGUAAAAUUGUGUAUUUGCCUUCUACUUAGUUUCAUCAAAUCAUGACAAUUUGAUCAUGACUUGGGACACCCAGAGGUCUAAGUAUUCAUACAGACUUACGUAGGCAAAAAACAUUAAAAAAAAUGACAAGUCGCAGAUAUAUUUGCACUUUGGACUGUAACUAUAUAUUUUGGUUCUGUACAAACUUUGUUUAAAAAACCUGCAAUUGGUUUCGAAAACAACUACACCGAAAGGAACACUUUUCAUUGUUAUAACUUGGUACUUGUUCUUUAACGCAACGCUGGCGGUAGGGCGAGAUGGUGAAGUAUUUGUCAACACUUUGACAAGUUCUGGUAACAAUAUGCCUUGUUCUUAUCUCUCCUGUUUGGUUAAUAUUCACUUCCCAUCUACACCGUUUGGCAGCUUUUAUUUGUAUUCUAGUCGAAACUAAUAUUAAAGUAAACCAUUUGUGUAAAUGAUUAAUAACCAUGAAACCUCUUUUAUGUCCUUUUAGUAUGCAAAUCAUAGUAAUGUCAACUGAACUAUGCAAUUGUUUGUGAUUGAAAUAUGAUAAUCCAAUCCACAAGAAUGAAAACUCUGAUAUGAAUCUUUUAUUUUUCCCGAUUAUUUUUUUCCCUUCGUUAUAGAAAUUGUUUGGUAAUAAUGAAAAUGAUGGUGGAUUAGUUCUGUUUUAUAACAUAGAAGUUCUGACUUAGAUAAGGAUUUUGAGAUAUGUUUUGAAGAUUGAUAGAUCUGCUUUUUAGCUCACCUGAGCACAACGUGCUCAUGGUGAGCUUUUGUGAUCGCCUUUUGUCCGUCGUCCAUCUAUUAUUUAGAUUAUUUUUAUUUGGUAUUUUCUAAAUUAGAAAGCCUCUAUUUUAUUUCAAUAACUUUAGUAAAUUCUUCUUAUUUUUACAUUUGAUUCACUGAAGUUACUUAAUCUCCAUAAAUUGUGUUCUUUAGAUUAAGUUAGACCUAUUUUCUAAACUAGAUUUUUGAAGCAACUUCUAGACUUACAGUAACUAAUAUUUAUAUCAGUUGUUUUGACAGAUUGUGAACUUCUUUUUACAUUCAUUAAGGUAUUUGCUGUAUGUUGUUCAUUUUUGUAACGAUACUUAGAUUCUUUAGACUUGGCUUGUACCUGUUCUUAAUUCUCUGUCAUUGUUCUUCAUUUUCCGAGUUCUCGGAAUAAAAGUUAGUUAUUUUCGUUAAAGCUGCUUUGGUUUUCACUUAAAGAUUAAUUCUUUGAGUGUAUUCAGGCGUAUAUGACUGGACGCCUUUAGUUAAUUGAAUAACAACCAGUCAGUGGUGUCACCGAAAUAAGCGUUCAUCGAAUAAAUAUUUCCGCAUUACAUAAGUGCUCACAAAGUUACAUAACUCGCAACCAUCAACCAUUCCGUGACCGGUUCACUUGUGUAAGCGAACGAGACCGCACUUUCACAACUGGAUACAACAGUUGAGUUCGAAAAUGGUUUGGAUCGGUAAAAAACAUGGCCGCUAGGGGGGGGGGGGGUCUUUUUCCUUAUAUUUAUAUAGUAAAAAAGCUUGUGAACACUCUAGAAGUCACAUUUUUUGCCUAAUCAUCAUGAAAUUUUGUCAAAACAUUAGUUAUGUGGAUUUCUCAAACGGGUUUGAAAAUGGUCGUGAUCAGUGUGAAAAACAUUGACGCCAGGGGGUGGGGCAGUUUUCUUUAUAUGUAUAUAGUGAAAACAUGUGAACAGUCUAGAAGACACAUUUUUUCCCCAAUCUUCAUGAAAUUAGGACAUAUCUUGGAAGAGUUAAAAAAUGGUGCAGGUCUGUUAAAAAACAUGGCCGCCAGGGGGCCAUUUGUUGUUCAUUCUUCAUGAAAUUUGGUUAGAACAUUUGUUCCAUUGAUAUCUUGGGCUGCAAAGAACAGGUCAUUUCUUUUUUUAUCUCAGGUGAGCGACUUCGGGCCAUUCAGGCGCUCUUGUUAUUUGAUUACUCAAGUGGAAAGGAAAACUAGUGCUUGAGGAUUGAAGUUAUCUGAAAAAAAAUCAAUUGUGCUAUGUAUUUAUGAAAAUUUCACAUUUGACUAGUUUUAACUAGUUUUGAUAUUACUUUUUGCUAUAUUAUUACACAGAUCUAUGACUCUUUGGUCAGUCGUGUAAUAGAAAUGUUUGGUCAUAAACAUGAAUAGCAAUUUAAGAUUAUUCUGGCAAUGUAUAUUUUAGUUAGAGUAAUGGAAUUAAGAAAUUGCAAUGUAGAAGUAUUUACAGUAUAUGAUUUAAUUUUUAUGUUUGUUAUAUUACAUUUUAAAUAUGGUUACGUAAAAUGAUUAUUAAUUGUUAUUUGAUCGUUACCUUUCCACUUCACAAUAAAUGGUGUUUUUUACAUUUUACCAACAUAUUUUUUACGUUUUACUUUCCAUGGUUGUAGACAUUUGUAUUGCAUCUUACAAAAUUGAUAACAACCGUAUGUUACUUUUAUCAAGAGAAAGGAAGCAUUUUUUUAAAGAAAAUUAAUGGUAAGAAUAUUUCUCAAAUACAAAAGAAUAGCGAAUGUAUUUUGUAGAAUAUAUUUUGUCCUCAGUUGAAUUCGUGCACUUACCCACACGUUUUACUUGUGACAUCUUAGUUCUUAUAUCGUUAUUAUUUAAGUACAUUUACUUGGGAAAGUUGAACUAGCAAAUCUAAUAGAUGUUUACCUAGUUUGAUUUAGUUUAAGUAUUAUCUGUAGCUUAAUUAUGUUUUCGGUAUAUAUAAAUAAAACGAUUAUGAAUAUUUAA